AUCUCCAUGACAUGUCUGAAUCUCGGCGUGGAACGCAUGAGCAAGAUCGAAAACGUCUAUCUUGUCGGUGUUAUACCUGGACCAAAGGAACCAUCCUUGACUGAACUUAACAACUAUAUACGCCCUCUCAUCAACGUCUUCCUGCUGUCCUGGAUGCGUGGCCAUCAUUUCUCCCGUUCUGCUUCCAGUUUGGCAUUGGGUAGGAUAGUCCGCAGUGUAAUCGCUAUCGUCGUCAACGACUUGCCUGGUGCUCGUCGCCUUGCCCAGGCGGCGAGUCACAUGUCUCAUCACAUUUGCACCAUAUGUACGCUGUAUGGGAAGGAUAAGCUGGGAGAUACGAACUACCACGCGUGGGCUAAGAUUCCCAACCAUCUCAUGCGAGCGAGUGCCUUACAAUGGCGAGAUGCAACAAAUGAAGAAACUCGGAAAGACAUCUUCGAUAAUUACGGGGUGCGAUGGUCAGAACUAUGGCGACUGCCAUAUUGGAAUAUCACCCGACAACUGGCACCCGAGCCCAUGCAUGCGUUAUUUUCAGGACUGGCGGAACAUUUCGUAUGCGAUGCAGUGGGC